CCCCCCCCCUCCAGCCGAAGGGAAAAUUGGACCAAGAAAGUGAAAGGAGUAAUUUUAGUUUGCUCCGAAAUGCAACAAUGAUUGACAACUGUCUGGGAGGAUGCCAUCGCAAUUUACUCAGUACUUUUUCCCGAUACCGAAAUCAGCUCGUUGCUGCUAAGAAGAGGUCUGCUUGGUUCCGCCGGAUGAUAAAGAUGGGAAGUGGCGAGGUGCAAUGGUGCUUCUCACAAGUAAAAGGAACAGUUGAAGAAGAUGUGACAGAUGCCGACAUUAUAUCUACAGUGGAGUUCAACCAUGAUGGAGAGUUACUUGCCACUGGCGACAAAGGUGGUCGCGUUGUUAUUUUCCAAAGAGAAGAACAGUCGAAGUCAUCCACACCCCCAAGGGGAGAAUACAAUGUAUAUAGCACUUUCCAAAGUCAUGAACCAGAAUUUGACUACCUGAAGAGCUUAGAAAUUGAAGAGAAGAUCAACAAAAUUAAAUGGCUCAACCGCCAAAACUACGCCCAUUUUCUACUUUCAACAAAUGAUAAAACAGUUAAACUUUGGAAAGUGUCGGAGCGAGACAAGAAAUGGGUGGGUUCAAAUCUAAUCGAGGAAGAUGGAACGCCACGAGAUCCAUGCCAAAUCACCGGGGUACGUCUACCCGCAGUACAGCCCAUCGAACUAAUGGUUGAGGCGAGCCCGAGGAGAGUAUUUUCCAAUGCGCACACGUAUCACAUCAACUCGAUAUCAGUGAAUAGCGACGGGGAAACGUAUAUAUCAGCAGACGACCUUAGAAUCAACUUAUGGCAUCUAGGAAUCACCGAUCAGAGUUUUAAUAUUGUUGAUAUUAAGCCGACUAAUAUGGAGGAACUAACGGAGGUCAUCACGGCGGCUGAGUUUCACCCCAAGGAGUGUAAUGUAUUUGUCUAUAGUAGUAGUAAAGGCAGCAUAAGGUUAUGUGAUAUGAGACAAGCGGCGUUAUGUGACCAAAGUGCAAAAAUGUUUGAAGAGCCCGAGGACCCCAGCAAUCGGUCUUUCUUCUCAGAGAUUAUCUCGUCGAUAUCAGACGUGCGGUUCAGCCACAGCGGCCGCUACCUUAUCUCCAGGGACUACCUCUCAGUCAAGGUCUGGGACAUCCUGAUGGACACCAAGCCUGUGGAGACUUUCCCUGUCCAUGAGUACCUGCGUAGCAAGCUCUGCUCGCUGUACGAGAAUGACUGUAUCUUUGACAAGUUUGAAUGCGUGUGGAAUGGAAAUGACACCGCUAUCAUGACGGGUUCCUACAAUAACUUCUUCCGGAUUUUCGACCGCAACACAAAACGUGACACCACCCUGGAGGCGUCACGGGACAGCAUCAAGCCGCUACAGGCCCUCAAGCCACGACGCGUCAACACGGGCGGCAAACGCAAGAAGGAUGAGAUCAGCGUCGACAGCCUGGACUUCACGCGCAAGAUCUUGCACACGGCCUGGCACCCGCGGGAGAACAUCAUCGCUGUGGCAGCCACCAAUAAUUUGUACCUCUUCCAGGAGAAGCCACCAAGCUAAAACCGGCUGAAUGUUUGUACUCUUCAUUUAUCUAUAAGUAUAAAUCCCGCCCUCUACUGUCCUCGGUGCUCGUGGCAGCCGACCUGUAUGUUCCUUGUGGUUUCUAAGCUGGAGGAAUGCCAAAAAUGUACAGCGGUGUAACUUUUUUUUUUUUUUUUUUCAGUAAUAAUGGAAAGAAAAUGUCACACAAGUUUAGGGUGGGGCACAUUAUGUAAGUCAGGAUGUGGCUGUGUGUGGUUUGUUGGCCGCACGGCCAAAUUAUUUGAUUCUAGCGUUCCCUUCCAAUCUUCAGUGGUUUAUGCUGUGUACAACAUAACCCUUUAAUAUCAGAGUAUGUGAACACAUGUGCUCUGACUUUUGUGUAAACUGGGAGUUAUUGAAUGUUAACACGCCUGGACAUUCCAUUGUGUUAGCGUACACAGUGCAUUCACUCACCUUGCGAUGCUUUGUGAACAUUCCCUUGUGUAGCUUGCCAAGGCAUACACCUUCCUUGCUACACUUUGUUUCACCCGCACAUAGAGGGACUGAAGGUCCUGGAAGUCACGCUCUCAAUAUCCCUUUUUACAGGGUUUAUUGUGUGAUCCAUGUUUCUAGACCUUUGUCCUUUUUUUUAUACAAGUUUGGCAUACAUUAGAUGGGAGGAAAAUCCAUGCAUUCCAAGAUUUCACCAUACCAUGGCAGAUAACCAGCCGUGGCUCAUAGCUGAGGUUCUGCCAUUGACAGUGUGUGCAAACUAAAAGUUUUUUCACAAGAGAACAAAUCCCGGUGCUUAGUAUAAGAUCCUUUGUUGUCUUUCCAUUGCCAAGUCAGGGUUUCAUUGUGGCAACGAUAUUUUCAAUGGAAAAUACAGCAUUUUCAAUGGAAAAUAUUGGAACACCUUUUGGAAUACAGCGAUAGUGAAUUCUUAUCAUUGUUUAUACAGUUUUUGAGUAAUUUUUCAUUCUCAACUGUCUAAACUUGAUAAAAAAGCGCUGUAAAAGUAGUUGACCAAGUCAACACAGAGUCUAUCUAGGUUGAUCUAUUUGGAUUUAUUUUCGGAAGGGCACUUAAACUUUCAGAACAUCACUAUUUUGUUUGAUACAAAAUUGUCUAUGUGCCUUUAAAAAAGAAAAAAGGAAAAAAAAAACAACAACCCUGCUUGGUUCUCUGGUACCAACCCUCAUUGCCUACCCACCCCCC